UGCAGUCAGAGUUGAGUGGUGUAAAGAUGAGGAGAAGAGGAGAGAACUGCAGGAGAGAUUGAAAGAGUAUGAUGAGGAGUCAGAGACACUGGAAAGAUUGCAGGAGAUAACGAGGAGGAAGGAGAGGUUACAGUCAGAGUUGAGUGAGUGUAUAGAUGAGGAGAAGAGGAGAGAACUGCAGGAGAGGUUGAAAGAGUAUGAUGAGGAGUCAGAGUCACUGGAAAGAUUGCACAAAAUAAUGUCAGAGUUCGAGGCGUGUAAAGAUGAGGAGAAGCGA